AUGGCUCUGACUGUGUGUGUGAGGCACCUAACAGGGCUGCCGGGCACCCAUGACCGACAAGUGAGGCUCUGCUUUCGAGGCUUUACCCAGAAAACAAGGAAAAUUCACUGUGGCCGAGAAGCAGAUGUGGGUGAGCUGUUUCGUUGGCCCCACUAUGGAUCUCCACUGGCUGGGGAGAGUCUGUCUGUGCAGGUGGUCAACUGUAGCCGCGUGUUCAGCCCCAGACCCCUGGGGACUCUGGUGAUUUCGCUGCAGCAGCUACAGAGUGCUGGGCAUUUGGUGUUGAGGGAAGCUCUGGUGGACGAGAGACUCCGGGUGUCCCCAAUCCAAGUGGAGCUUGACCUAAAGUAUCAACCCCCUGAGGGAGCUGCUGGGACCUGGGCAGAGGAGGACUUUGGGACACCCAUUCGAGACAGCUUAGAGUUGAUCAUCCCCAAUGUGGGCUUCCAGGACAUGGAGCCUGGGGAAGCCCAGCUGGAGCGAAGAGCAGUGGCUCUGGGCCGCAGGCUAGCCCGAAGCCUGGGAACACAGGACGAUGAAGAGAACGAAUUGGAGCUGGAGCCGGAGCUGGAGGAAGAACCUGACGUGGAGAUUUCUGGGGUGGUGUUCAGCCCCCUCAAAAGCCGCGCCCUGGGCUUGCCUCGGGGAGACCCCUUCAAGGUUUGCAAAGCCCAGGACUUCCAGGUCGGGGUCACAGUGCUUGAGGCCCAGAAACUGGUGGGAGUCAAUAUUAACCCCUAUGUGGCUGUUCGCGUUGGGGAUCAGCGCAAGGUGACUGCAACACUGCGUGGAACCAAUUGCCCCUUCUACAAUGAGUACUUCUUGUUCGAAUUUCAUGAGACUCGGCUUCAUCUCCAAGACUUGCUGCUGGAGAUAACUGCUUUCCACUCGCAGACUCUCCCGUUUAUGGCCACCAGGAUAGGGACUUUCAGGAUGGACUUGGGGAUGGCCUUGGACCAGCCAGAUGGGCACUUCCACCAAAAGUGGGCUCCUUUGCAUGACCCCCGUGACACCCGCGCCGGAACCAAGGGCUUCGUCAAGAUCACCCUGUCUGUGAGGGCACGUGGGGACCUUCCCCUUCCACCGCCACCCCCAUGCCCAGGGACCAGUUCGGACAUAGAGAAGAAUCUACUCCUGCCACACGGGGUGCAGGCUGAGAGGCCAUGGGCACGGCUGCGAGUCCGCGUGUACCGUGCAGAGGGGCUCCCCACAGUGCGCACGGGGCUGCUGGGCAGCCUGGCCCGAGCCCUCCAUGACCAAAAUGUCCUUUUGGACCCGUAUGUGCGGGUGAGCUUCCUGGGACAGCAGGGUGAGACUUCGGUUCGGGGUGAGGAGACAGCGCCCAAGUGGAACGAGCAGUUGAGCUUCGUGGAACUCUUCCCGCCGCUAACACGCAGCCUUCGCCUGCAGCUGCGUGACAAUGCACCUCUUGUGGAUGUGGCCCUCGCCACACACGUGCUAGACCUGAGGCAGAUCUCGAACUCUGCGCAGGUGACGGGGUUUAACCCCACUUUCGGUCCAGCCUGGGUGCCCCUCUAUGGUUCGCUCCCCAGCGGCAGGCUCCAGGAUGAUCUUCAAAGUCUCAACGAAGGUCUUGGCGAAGGGAUUUGGUUCCGGGGUCGACUUCUGGUAGCUGUGUCUAUGGAGGUGUUUGAAGGCAGAGUUGAACCUAAAUCCUCCCAGACCACACAAAGGUCUGGAUUGUCCCGGCUCACUGGGAAGAAGAAAAAGAAGAAGGAGAAGACCAGACAGGGUCAGACCCCGGCUGGCAUUUUACAGCCUGCCAGUGCCAGCACCAUCGAGGAUGCACCUGAGAUUCCGAGUGCAAUGGAGGUGGAGGUGGAGGACCUGCUGCCUCUGCCAGAGAAUGCCCUGGCAUCCUUUGAAGAUUUCCUGCUUUUCGGGGCGCUCUUUGAGGCCACCAUGAUUGACCCUUCACUGGCCAAGAAGCCCAUCAGCCUGGAGAUUUCCAUUGGUCAUGCAGGACGCCAGGAAGAACAAUCGGGCCAAGGAUCAAGGGCUGAGGAGGGAUCUGAAAGCAGCACACUUGAAGUUCAGCCUCUCUUGGAAUCUGAGGACAGAGGGUCAGGGCAGGAGGAGCAAGAGUUGCUGGGGACACCUGUUCAGUGGCCUGAACCUGUGGAUGGCAAUGGGCCAUAUCUCUGCUUGCCUCUGCGUCACCGAAAGCCCUGCCUACAUGUAUGGAGCCGCUGGGAGGAUUAUACUUGGCGCCUACAGAGCAGCAAUAGUGUGUGCAAAGUAGCCGAGAGGCUGGACCAUGGCCUGCAGGAGGUUGAGAAGAUGCAGCGCAGGUCAGGGCCGGGUGCCUGCACACGACUGAAGCAGACUCUGGAAGAGCUGGUGGCUGGCAGCAGACAGUUUUGCCACGGUGCUGAGCGCAGGACGAUGACUCGACCCAAUGCCCUGGAUCGUUGUCGAGCGAAACUCCUGACACACAGCCUGAAUCUGAUGGCAAGGCAAGGACUACGGCUUUUACGGAGCCUGAGGCUGAACAACAUGCAGAGGACUAUGGUGCUGGCUAAGAAGCUCCUGGCAAGGCUGCGCUUCCUGGCUCAAGAGCCACAGCCUCCCCUCCCUGACGUGCUGGUCUGGAUGUUCAGUGGCCAGCGCCGUGUGGCCUAUGCCCGCAUCCCUGCACAGGAUAUACUGUACUCCGUGGUUGAAGAGGAGCGAGGCCGAGACUGUGGGAAGAUCCAGAGUCUGCUACUCACAGUACCUGGGUCAGCCCCUGGGGAGGUCUGUGCCAAGUUGGAGCUCUUCCUGUGGCUGGGGCUGGGCAAGCAAGCCAAGGCUUGCACCUCUGAGCUGCCCACGGAUCUUCUGCCUGAACCCUCAGCUGGGCUGCCCCAAAGCCUAUACCGGGAUGACUUCAGCUACUUCCAGCUGAGGGCUCACCUGUAUCAGGCCCGUGGUGUGUUGGCAGCAGAUGACAGUGGCCUCUCGGACCCCUUUGCACGUGUCCUCAUCUCUACCCAGUGCCAGACCACAAGGGUCUUGGAGCAGACCCUGAGCCCGCUAUGGGAUGAGCUCUUGGUAUUUGACCAGCUGAUUGUGGACGGCAGACGGGAGCAUCUUCGGGAGGAACCUCCACUAGUGGUCAUCAAUGUCUUUGACCACAAUAAGUUUGGCCCUGCUGUGUUCCUGGGCAGGGCAUUUGCAGCCCCAAGGGUAAAGUUAAUCGAGGACCCAUAUCAGCGCCCUGAGCUGCAGUUCUUCCCCCUGAGGAAGGGGCCUCAGGCCGCUGGAGAGGUCAUUGCAACCUUUGAGCUCAUUGAGCUGGACUACAGCGGCCAUCUUGAGGACCUGCCAGAACAGCCAUAUCUGCAGCCCCCGCUGAGCAUCUUGGUGAUUGAACGCCGGGCCUUUGGCCGGACCGUUCUUGUGGGUUCCCAUAUUGUUCCCCACAUGCUUAGAUUCAUACUCCAGGGUCAUGAGGAUCCCCAAGAGGAGGAAGAAACAGAGGAGGAGACAAGGGACCUGGUGCCACAUGGGCCUCAAGGAGAGAAGCCUCUGACUGAAGCAGGAACAUCCAGACAGCUUCUGAAGGCCCCUCUAAAGAAGCUCACCUUAGGACUCCUGGGUCAAGGCCCUGAGCUAGAGGAAGACAUCCCAGAUCCAGAAGAGAUGGACUGGUGGUCCAAGUACUAUGCCUCCCUGCAGGAGUUCCAGGGGCAGCUCAGCUCUGAUGAUGAGAUGGACGAGGCUGGAGAUGCAGAUGGAACCCAUCUCAUUUCUGGGGACAGGGAGGCCCAGGAGCAGGGGGAGACUGAUAACAAAGUCUCUGUACCUCGGAAGAAAGCAAUCGCUACCCUGAAGAUCUACAACAGCUCUCUGGAGGACGAGUUUAGCCACUUUGAAGACUGGCUGAGUGUGUUCCCCCUGUACAGAGGACAAGGCGGCCAGGAUGGAGAUGGAGAGGGAGCAUCCGGACACUUUGUGGGCAAGUUCAAGGGCUCCUUCCUAAUUUACCCCGAGUCAGAGGCCAAAUCCUUCUCUGAGCCUCAGAUCUCCAGGGGGAUCCCCCAGAACCGGCCCAUCAAGCUUCUAGUCAGAGUGUAUAUAGUGAAGGCUACCAACCUGGCUCCUGCAGACCCCAAUGGCAAGGCAGACCCCUAUGUGGUGGUUAGCGCUGGCAAGGAACAGCGGGACACUAAGGAACGCUACAUCCCCAAGCAACUCAACCCCAUCUUUGGAGAGGUCCUGGAGCUGAGUGUCUCCCUCCCAGGCCAGCCAGAGCUGACUGUGGCCGUAUUCGACCAUGACCUCGUGGGUUCCGAUGACCUCAUUGGGGAGACCCACAUUGACCUGGAAAACAGAUUCUAUAGCCACCACAGAGCCAACUGUGGGCUGGCCUCCCAGUAUGACGUGAAUGGGUACAAUGCCUGGCGAGAUGCAUUCCGGCCUUCACAGAUCCUGGCUGGGCUGUGCCAGCGCUGUGGCCUUCCCGUCCCUGAAUACCGAGCCGGGGCUGUCAAAGUGGGCAGCCGAGUUUUUCUGACACCAUCUGAGGCCCCGCCUCCAGAUGACAGGAAACCCAAGGUGACAAGUGAGGCUUCUGAGGAGGCCCAAGCAUUGCACGUGUUGAGGCGUUGGCAGGAGAUGCCAGGCCUUGGGAUCCAGCUGGUACCUGAGCAUGUGGAAACACGGCCUCUGUACCAUCCUCGCAGCCCUGGGCUACUGCAGGGAUCCCUUCAUAUGUGGAUUGACAUCUUCCCCAGUGAUGUGCCGGCCCCACCCCCAGUUGACAUCAAGCCUCGGCAGCCAAUCAGCUAUGAGCUCAGAGUUGUCAUCUGGAACACGGACGAUGUGGCUCUGGAUGAUGUGAACCCACUCACUGGAGAGAUGUCAAGCGACAUCUAUGUGAAAAGCUGGGUAAAGGGUCUGGAGCAGGACAGACAGGAGACAGAUGUCCACUUCAACUCCCUGACCGGAGAGGGCAACUUCAACUGGCGCUUUGUGUUCCGCUUUGACUACCUGCCGACGGAGCGGGAGGUGAGCGUCCGGCGCAAGCCUGGACCCUUCGCCCUUGAGGAGGCUGAGUUCCGGCAGCCAGCAGUGCUGGUCCUGCAGGUCUGGGACUACGACCGAAUCUCUGCCAACGACUUUCUUGGGUCCCUGGAGUUGCAGCUACCAGACAUGGUGAGGGGGGCCCGGGACCCUGAGCACUGUUCUGUUCGACUAGCCCUUGAUGGGGCAGGGCCGAGGUGCAAUCUGUUCCGCUGUCAUCGUUUGCGGGGUUGGUGGCCAGUGGUGAAGAUGAAGGACAUGGAAGAUGUGGAGAGGGAGGCCAGAGAAGCUCAGGCUGGCAAGAAAAGGAAGAGGAAGAGAAGGAAGGGCCGGCCAGAAGACCUGGAGUUCACAGACACAGCGGGCAACGUCUACAUCCUCACAGGGAAGGUUGAGGCAGAGUUUGAACUGCUAACUGUGGAGGAGGCAGAGAAGCGGCCGGUUGGGAAGGGGCGAAAGGAGCCAGAGCCUCUGGAGAAACCCAACCGCCCCAAAACCUCCUUCAACUGGUUUGUGAACCCCCUCAAGACUUUCAUCUUCUUCAUCUGGCGCCGGUACUGGCGCAUCCUGGUGCUGCUGCUGCUGCUGGCGUUAAUCACCAUCUUCCUCCUCCUCGUCUUCUACACCAUCCCCGGACAGAUCAGCGAGGUCAUCUUCAGCCCUGUCCACAAACACUAA